AUGGCAUCACUAUAUGGUACUGGAAAUUUUGCUUCAAAUUUAUCAAAUAUUUCUACAAUAAAACCAGAAACACAUGCUGAUGAGGAUGGUGAAGGUGAUGCUGAACAAGAUUCAUAUGAACCAGAGUGUUCAUUUAAUCGAGUUGUUACAUUAUCUGCUGUUGAAGUUAAAACAGGUGAAGAAGAUGAAAAUGUUCUCUUUUGUGAGCGUGCAAAACUUUAUCGUUUUGAUGCACCAGCAAAUCAAAUGAAAGAACGUGGUAUUGGUGAAAUAAAAAUUUUACAACAUAAAACAACGCAUCUUUGUCGUAUAUUAAUGCGUCGUGAACAAGUAUUUAAAAUAUGUGCUAAUCAUCAGAUAACAUCACAAAUGGAAUUAAAACCACAUCAAGGUACAGAAAAUGCAUAUAUUUGGUCAGCUAUGGAUUUUGCUGAUGGUGAAGCUAAACAUGAAACAUUAUGUGUUCGAUUUAAAACUGAUGAGCAAGCAAAAAAAUUUCUUAAAGUGUUCAACGAAGCAAAGGAAAUGAACAUGAAGAAAUCCGGUGAUUUACCAUCUAUUGGAAAAAUCGCAUUAAAUGAUGAAACAAAACCAAGAGCAAAUACAAAUGAUGAUGAUGUUGUCUCUAUUGGUGAAAUUAAACCAUCAGCUGAACAAAUAGAUCGAGCAAAAAAACUUCAAUUACCAUCAACAUUCUAUUUAUAUGAAAAUAAAGAACCAUGUAAAGGUUGUCCAGGUUGUGAAGAAGAUACACCACCAAUUGUACCUAAUGAAGAUAAAACAACAAUGAAAAAACAAACAGAUGUUAAAAGUGAUAUAAAAACAACGACUCCUCAACCACAAUCAACAACAUCAGCAGCAAAAACACCAUCAAGUGCAAAUGAAAAUAUUAAAUUUUCAUUUGGAAAUAUUGAAAAACAACAAACACAAUUACAAAAACAAACAUCAACAACAAAAGAAGAAAGAUCAUCUGUUGAAUCAUCAUCAACAGUUACAAAUGCAACAUCACAAUAUAACAAUAAACCAUCAAUAUUUGGAAAUUUGAAUGGCACUUCUACCACAUCAAUUUUUGGAACUUCAACACCACUAACUAAUUCUAGUGGUUCCAUAUUUGGUGGUAGUUCAUCAUUAAAAACAUCCACUGAUACUAAUAGUGGCUUUUCUUUUCCUGGUUUUGGUACUACAACAGCAACAACACCUACAAAUGGUUUUCAAUUUUCUACACCGGCUGCAACAGCAACAACAACAGCAGCAACUAACACAUCAUCAACAUUUUCAUUUGGAACAGCAUUAGCAACAGCUAAUAAACCAAUUUUUGGUAGUACACCAAAAUUUAGUUUUUCUGACGUCGCUAAACAAUCACCAACAACAAUGAAUGAUAAAUCACCAAGUAAUGGAAAUGAACAACGAGUUUUUGCUGGUCAAGGUUCGCUUAUAUUUGGUACCAAUACGAUUAUAAAAGCUAAUACGCAUGAAGAUGAUGAAGGUGAUGGUGGUGGUGAAGAAGAUUCAUAUGAACCAAAUGUUUCAUUUAAACCAAUUGUUCAAUUAUCUGCUGUUGAAGUUAAAACAGGUGAAGAAGAUGAAAAUGUUCUCUUUUGUGAACGUGCAAAACUUUAUCGUUUUGAUGCUGAAUCAAAUCAAAUGAAAGAACGCGGUAUUGGUGAAAUAAAAAUUUUACAACAUAAAACAACACAUCUUUGUCGUAUAUUAAUGCGUCGUGAACAAGUAUUAAAAUUAUGUGCUAAUCAUCAAAUAACAUCACAAAUGGAAUUAAAACCACACCAAGGUUCAGAAAAUGCAUAUGUUUGGUCAGCUAUGGAUUUUGCUGAUGGUGAAGCUAAACAUGAAACAUUAUGUAUUCGAUUUAAAUCAAAUGAUAAUGCAAAAAGAUUUCUUAAACAAUUUAAUGAAGCUAAACAAGCAACUGUUAAUGCUUAA